GUGUUGUUUAAUGUUUUUAACUGUUAACUGUUAACUGUAAACGUGUAAAUGUUGAAUUGAAAUGAUAAAUAACUGUAACAUAAAAUUGCUGCUGACAUCAUCAACAUCUGGCACGGAAAAUUACUAGAAAAUUCACAAGUUCAAGAUGUCGCCCGUGAUUUUUAUUUUUCACCGAUGCAAACACACGUUCAGUGUUCACUAUAUCAAUAACAAAUAAAAUUACUCUUCUAAGUGAUAGAAUGAAAAAAUGAAGCUGUUGAAUAAAAAUAUUGACAGAGAUGGUGGAGGGAGUGUCGUUUUGGUCCCGGAAAACCCAGAAGACAUGUGGCACGCAUACAAUCUCAUAUCAGAGGGAGAUUGUGUCUGCGGAUCAACGAUCCGAAAAGUCCAGACGGAAAGUUCAACCGGUAGCACCAACAGCACGCGAGUCCGCACUACGUUGACAAUCAACGUCGAGAACAUAGACUUUGACACCCAGGCAUGUGUUUUGAGACUCAAGGGAAGAAAUAUUGUAGAAAACCAAUAUGUCAAGAUGGGACAAUACCACACGCUGGAUGUCGAGAAGAACCGUAAAUUCACUCUAAGGAAAGUUAAAUGGGACUCGAUAGCGUUGGAGCGAAUUGACACAGCAUGCGACCCGUCUCAGAAUGCUGAUGUGGCUGCUAUUGUCAUGCAGGAAGGAAUAGCUCACAUAUGUCUGAUCACUUCGAACAUGACGAUAGUGAGGGCUAAGAUUGACCAGGUUAUUCCUCGCAAACGGAAGGGCAUGACUUCCCAGCACGAGAAAGGCUUGAACCGCUUCUACGAGAACAUCAUGCAGGCAAUUUUGCGGCACGUUAAUUUCGAUAUUGUCAAGUGUGUUAUUGUAGCGAGCCCGGGGUUCGUCAAGGACCAGUUCAUGGAGUACAUGAUUCAGCAGGCUAUAAAAACUGAUAAUAAAUUGUUGCUGGAGAACAAGAGCAAGUUUAUGCUGGUCCAUGCCAGCUCCGGGUUCAAACACUCGCUGAAGGAAGUCCUGGCUGAUCCUGCUGUGGUUACUAGGAUGUCUGAUACUAAAGCAGCUGGGGAAGUUAAAGCUCUUGAACAGUUUUAUACUAUUUUGCAAACUGAUCCUGCUAGAGCUUUUUAUGGGAAAAAACAUUGUCUUGCUGCUGCGGCUGCUCAAGCUGUUGAAACUUUGCUUAUUUCUGACAAAUUGUUUAGGUGUCAUGAUAUUGCUGAAAGGAAAGAAUAUGUUGAGUUGGUUGAAAGUGUAAGAGAAUCUAAUGGAGAUGUUAAAAUAUUUUCAAGCAUGCACGUUUCUGGAGAACAACUCGAGCAAUUGACGGGUAUAGCAGCAAUUUUGAGAUUCCCAAUGCCAGAGCUGGAAGACGAAAGCGACGGCGACGAUUCCUCUGAAGAAGAUUGACAGGAGUAUUCCGUAUGAUAGUUAAUUUUUAUGUUUUAUAACCGUGGCAAUUUAUAAUUAAUUAACUAAACAAAAGUGUCUUAAUCAUCAUGGAUUAUAUACAAUGUUAAUUUAUUGUACAAACAGUUUAAAUAAUUUAUUAUUAUCUAAGAUCAUA